UCAGGCACUCGUGAGCGCUACGGGCAUGAAUGACCUAGAAAUGGUACAGCGAGAAGCAUGGCACCUCCCUGACGUAUACGUGCUGUCAGGCAAUUUUCAUAGCGGGUCUUUCUAAGUCUCGGCUUUUUUACCUUGACAGAUCUGCUUCCAUGCGUGCGCCGACGUGCUGUCUUAAGGUGCAGAAGAGCAUGAUUGUAGCAGAUGUACAGGAGCAUCUUUUUGGCUGAAGCUUCCGAAAUCUUCAUGAUUGGAAGCGCGGCGCGGGAGGCGGAACCUGCAGGAGCAACACAACAGCCCACUCUGAAGUGUCGGUACCCAGAUCAUCAUUCAUUCCCCUGAACACCAUAGACAGCAGCCGGGGCAACAUCGGCGGGACGCCGGCCGCUUUCUUCAAAAUAAAGGGAGGAAGGAGAGGGAGAGGAAAACAGGACAAUCAAGCCGGUUUCGAGCAGUUCAGUGGCAUCCAGGGUGGCGCUCACUUUAUGUGUGACUGAUCCCUGAGGGAAGGAGUACAGGAGCUUUGCUCACAGCGCCCACAGGAUCCGGGAUAAUCUGCACCUAGAGCAUGGAGCCUGCAGCCCAGUCAGAGAUGAACAUCAUUCCCAAUGGGAAGGGUCACGACCUUGGGGAGGAGGCAAAGGGGCCGGGGAAGUCGAUGCCAGAAGACAAAGACCAAAAGAGCCCCCAAAAUUCCAGUCCCCACAGGCUCCAGACUGCGGAGGGGAAUGUGGCAGAAAGCCAAGAUUUCUUGCCUGACAUGGACAACAUGAAAACAACUAACUUCACUGAUUUUGAAGGGAAGACUUCUUUCGGAAUGUCAGUUUUCAACCUGGGGAACGCCAUCAUGGGCAGUGGCAUUCUGGGAUUGGCGUACGCCAUGGCCAACACUGGGAUUGUCCUCUUCCUAUUCCUCCUCACUGUGGUCGCUGCCCUCUCAUCCUACUCUAUUCAUCUGCUGCUCAAGUCUUCAGGCAUUGUGGGGAUCCGAGCCUAUGAGCAGCUGGGAUUCAGAGCGUUUGGCACCCCGGGGAAGAUGGCUGCUGGGAUUGCCAUCACCUUGCAGAACAUCGGAGCCAUGUCUAGUUACCUCUACAUCGUAAAAUACGAGUUCCCUCUGGUCAUCCAGGCUUUUUUGGGGGUGGAUACGCCAACAAGUGAGUGGUACCUGAACGGCAACUACCUGGUGGUCAUCCUGUCUGUCAGCGUGGUGCUGCCGCUGGCACUGAUGAAGCAGCUUGGGUACCUUGGCUACACCAGUGGAUUCUCUCUCAGCUGUAUGGUCUUCUUCCUCAUUGCGGUCAUCUACAAAAAGUUCCAGGUUUCCUGUCCCUUCAGAGACUUCUCCUCCAACAGCACGAUAAUCCUCAACACCAGCGCUACCAUGGAGCCUGCCAUCAGUUACCAUGGUGACCGCAGCCAGGGGUCUGCCAGCCUUUGCAGCCCGCGCAUGUUCAACCUCAACACUCAGACAUCCUAUACCAUCCCUAUUCUCGCCUUUGCCUUUGUGUGCCAUCCAGAGGUGCUGCCUAUCUACACGGAACUGCGCAACCCCUCCAAGCGAAGAAUGCAGCAUGUAGCCAACAUCUCCAUCGCUAUCAUGUACUUCAUGUACUUUCUGGCCGCUCUCUUUGGAUACCUGACGUUCUACGAUAACGUGGAGGCGGAGCUGUUGCACACCUACAGCCGCAUCGACCCAUACGACACGCUCAUCCUAUGUGUGCGCCUGGCCGUGCUGACAGCUGUGACGCUCACAGUGCCCAUCGUGCUAUUUCCCGUACGCCGGGCAAUCCAACAGAUGCUCUUCCCGAAUAAGACGUUUAACUGGCUUCGCCACAUCGCCAUUGCCAUCAUUCUCCUUGUGCUCAUCAACAUGCUGGUCAUCUUCGCUCCCAACAUCCUGGGAAUCUUUGGCAUCAUCGGUGCUACGUCAGCGCCCUGCCUCAUCUUCAUCUUCCCCGCUAUCUUCUACAUCCGCAUUAUGCCCAGAGAGGACGAACCCAUGCGUUCUGCCCCAAAAAUCUUGGCCACUUGCUUUGCUGCACUGGGUUUCAUUUUUAUGAUAAUGAGUCUAAGCUUCAUCAUCAUUGACUGGACAACGGGAAGCAAAAAUACCAACAGUGGCCAUUAGGAUUUCCUCCACCAUUUUCCCGUAUUUUGGUUUCUGUUUUAUUUGGGUGUCUUUCGUUUGGAUCAUGUGAUAUAAAGGAUGCACUAUCUCUUCCAAUAGUUCAGGGGGUCAGGGUAUGCAAAGGGAGUGGUGUGGAGGGAUCAGGCUUCAGGACGUCCGCUGGCCACACCUCUCACCCCACAUCAGCAGCCCAUGGUAGUGCUGAGAUGGGAAGCCCAGCGGGAUCCUGAACCUUCCAAAAACCAUGGCCCUGGUCUGAUCCAUACAGGUGGAGGCCAUAGACACUCAUAUGUAUGUUCUGGUAGAAUUAUGGCCAGACAAAGUUGAGUGAUCAACAGCAGUACUUGAAACACCUUUAGUCACAGCAGGCCAGAACUGUGUUAUGUGUGUGUGUAUGGAGACAACACUCCCCUAGUUACAAGGGACUUAUGUGUCACGCAGCUUGUUUUUUACCUUAGAAUAAUCAGUCUGAGUGCCAGUGAGGUGUCUCGUAAGCUCUUUGCAGUGUUAGUGCUUAGUGAAAGCAGACUCCUUGGUCUAACUGUCCUCACUUUUCCUGACCCUGCUUCCCCUGGUACGCCGUGCAUUCCACAGUUUUUAUUCAUCCCGUGUCAUCAUUGAGCUGACUUCAAAAAUGAUAACUGAAAAAACCUUAAAUUCAAUGCAUUAGCGAAAUGAUUGUUUAACUUUCCAGUCAUGUUAACCCAGUUUGAUGAGAGUAGUGGUGACAAAUUAUUACUUUAUAGUUUUUAAUCUUUGGUUUAAUAUCAUUGGAUUUUGAAUUAAUGAAUUAGUCAUUAUUUUUCAUUUAAUCAAUGAUUACUAGUGUGUAGCCUUUGAACAAUUAACUAAAGAACAGAUUAAACUAAUAAAAUUAACUUAAGAAAAUAUAUAUAAAGAAUAACUAUAUAAAGAACAUGGAAACAGUGGUUCAGUGGGUAGCAUAUCUUCAUAGCCAUGGGUUCGAUUCCGGAUCCAAGUUUUGUAUGUAUGGAGUCUGUCUGUCUCCAUGAUUGAUUGCUCUGCUUGGUCCAGUUUCCCCCCCCCCCAGUUCAAAAACAUGCCUUUAGGUGAUUUGGUGCCCUUAGUGUGUGAGUGUGUGCCCUGCGAUGGACUGGCAUCAGAUCCAGGGUACGCCCUGCCUCCGGGUUCCCCGCCACCCUGCCACCCAAUGGAUAAAUAUAUGUAUAUUCUGUUAUGCUAGUUACAGAAAUGAUAAAAUCAUAUUUUCACAGUAAUAUAUUAUGGGAAAGCUGGCACAGGUAGAGAACAGGAUCAUAAUUUAGAAAAAGCAACCUGGGGGAUUAUUUUUGAGGUUUCCACAAUUCAGGGUGAGUAGAGAAUGGAGGAAUGGGUGAACUACACAAGUGACAAAACAGCACAAUAUCGUAAGACAAAUGAAGAGAUGCAAUGUUAGCAGGAAUUACAAAAACACAUCUCAGCUCGGUGAUCAGGAUUUUGAGAAACCAAAGCACAAUGUGACACCGCUUCCCGAGCAGGCAUCACAUCCAUGUGGUAUAUUUAGCCUUUUUGUGAAAGAAGUGUAAAAACUCAUUAUUAUUGUGCGUUGUGAUAAUUUUCACAGUGCAUUUAAUUAAAAUCUCAGCCAAGCCAAAUUAAUGUGAGAUCAGCUGGACUAAAAACCAGCACAAAUGCUGUGCUCUGGGGGUGAGCGACAGAAAUGUCGGGUUAGAGGAUUCAGCUGAAAUUACACCAGAACCUCACUGGAGACAACAAAGCAAAUGUAGGAUAAAAGAUGCCAGUGCAUCUACAGUGCAUUCAUCGGGAAAAAGAGACCCACCCCAACACCAGCGUGGAUAAAUCCUUCUCCCCUUGUGUUGUAUGUUUUUAAUCUUUUAAGGUAGAUGCUGAAGGGCUUUGUUAUGCCAGUAGUCCAAGAUGUUAUUGAGCAGUGCUGGUGUCAUUUCUGGCCACUCGCUGUUAUGUCACAACACUCCUCUACAGGAGAGAAAUAAUACAUAACCUUACAAUCUCAAAGUGAUAGAAAACAGAGAACACCUGGGAAAAAACACACGCACACAGGACCCUUUCUGCUAAUGGAACCUCAUUGUGGUAUGAUUAUGUUUAAUAACACUGUAUGAACUACAGAGUAGGUUUACAUUUAAAAUGUAAGUUUAGAAUGGAGAUAAGUGGCACCACUACAGUUAGAUUUAAUAUGGAUCGUCGGAUAGAACGCUUAAAAAAGCUCUGCGUGUUCAUAACGAUUGAUUGCUAUACUAAAUCCAUCCAUUCAUCUAUCCAUCCAUCUGCUAACCACUUAUCCAGUACAGGAUCAUGGAUGGAGGUUGGAGUCUAUCCUUGGCAGCACAACCUAUGUGCACAUCCCAGAUGGGAUGCCAGUCCAUUACAGAAUACACACAACCAGUGUAUCAGUGCAUUGUACUGUAUUUGUAUAUGUAUCUACUGUAUGUCAAGCUGUCGUACAAGGUCAUACACUGGACCCCUAUUAAAUCCCCUGUGUGUGUGAUUAUACUUAGCCAAUGAACCUGAUUCUAAUUCUGACACUAUAGCUAGUUUAAUACCCCUAAGGAGUUAAGCAACACUGUCACCCACUCAGCCACAGUGCUGUCCUGGUAAAUUACAUACAAUAUUCACAAACUGACCAAUUAAAUACUUAACUUUGUAACUUUUAAGAUGAAAUAUAUGUAUGUUAAACAAAAUAGUAAUAGAAGUUAAUUAACACAGUACAAGGAUAUGCAAAUGUAAUUAUGUAAUUUCAAAAAUUUCCCAUCAUGCUCAGUUCCUGUUUGGCAUCUCCAGACACACUGCAGUGCACCCCGUGUUGGACAACAUCUGUCUGAGGAACUGAAAGGAAACAUUAGGGCGGCUACUGUAAGAAAUGUAGAUAUCAGUGUUGUGAAGAACACGAUCAUCCUGAGCAUAGAGCUGGAAAUGUUCGGUACUCGAGGUUGCUUUUACGCCUCUUUUGUCUCAUGAACACUGAAGCCCUAAAACCGAACCCCAAUGCCAAAAAAUCAGGAACAGUCUAACACAAAACACAGUCUCUUGUAGCGUGUUUUUCGCGGUUUCUUGACUUUUCCUGAUUUGUGUUUCUGCACUCGGUUCUGAGCCUUCAUGCACUGGUCGACAUUGUACUUUAUAGCAAAACUGAUGCCACAGUUCUCUGUAGUGAAACAUCCCUGUGAAACUCUUCUACCCUUAAAAAUCUGUGUUUUUGGUGGUUUGUUAAACACAGAAAAAAAGCCACAGAGUUUCUUUUGUAUCUGCUGUGUGCCUGGUGUUUGUGUAGAACUGCUCUGUGGAACUUUGUCAGUUUCUUGUCCCAGAGUGAGUGCAGUACCGUUGUAUGUCUGUGUCAUUGUAAUACUCACUACCCUAUGAGACUAAAUGGUUAUGAAGCACAAACCUCCUGAACAGGAACGUCCCCAGUCCAUGUGGUCAGUUGUUGUUUCACUGUUGCCCACGAGUUCGCAUCUACCUUUAAUGUCUUUGUGGCUUUAGUUACCAGUACCUCACUGACCAGCUGGAACUCCACGGGCAACACAUUCGAAUGGGAAGCACUGUGCAGCACCAUUCCCACUGAGUGUAGCAGGCAAAACAGAAGCCAAAACUGAACACCAAGUGGCGACAUUUUGCCAUUGAGAGCUGCGACUGACCAUCAUAUCUGGGCACUGCCUCUAUACCUUUAGCUCUGGUUAUGUGACUCACUUAAUGAAAUGAUAAUGAGUAAAGUAAUAACUUCAACAAAUUUUGGAUUUGCACAACAGCAUCUAUAUAUAUUGUACAUAAAUGUAAACCCUUUUUAUUCCUGAUGCAUAUCUAGUUUCAUAGUGUAAAUAGAGAUGUUUUAGUUUGGCGAAAACAAAUGUAAUCGUUUAAAAUGCUUUUAAACAAAACUUAUGUCUGAUUUUGUUUUUAUCAGUAAAUUUAAAUGCAUUUCUGAAGUUGCAAUGGGUGUUGCAAUAAAAAUGAAAACAA